AUGGCUGGUGGUAUAUCCAAAGCAGUUACAAAUGCUAUGAAUAUCGGAGCAAACAGUUUUGCCUUGUUUUUGAAGUCACCAAGAAAAUGGGUCUCUCCAGAGAUUAGCGAAGAGGAAGUCAAGAAAUUCGCUGAUUUAUGCAAAAUACAUGGAUAUAAUCCUCUAAAGGAUAUCUUACCACACGGCUCCUAUUUCAUAAAUUUGGCGAAUCCAGAUACUGAAAAAGAGCAGAAAGCUUAUGAUUCAUUUUUGGAUGAUUUGAAAAGAUGUGAAAAGCUUGGAAUUGGAUUGUACAAUUUUCAUCCUGGGUCUAGCCUAGAUGGCGAUCAUAAAGAAGCAUUAGAGAAAUUAGCGCGUAAUAUUAACAAGGCAAUUGAAGCCACUUCCUUUGUGAAGAUAGUAAUUGAAAAUAUGGCUGGUCAUGGAAAUCUCAUAGGUUCUAAAUUACAAGACAUCAAAGACGUCAUUGAAAUGGUGAACGAGAAAUCAAGAGUUGGGGUUUGUAUCGACACUUGCCAUACUUACGCAGCGGGCUACGAUAUUUCCACUAAGGAGAAAUUUGACGAUUUUUGGAACCAAUUUGAAGACACGAUCGGGUGGGAGUACUUAAGUGCCAUACACUUGAACGACUCAAAGGCUCCUCUCGGUGCAAAUAGAGACUUGCAUCAGAACUUGGGACAAGGCUUUUUAGGACUUGAACCCUUUAGGCUCAUCGCCAAUAUGGAAAAGCUUCAAGGUAUUCCAAUUAUAUUAGAGACGCCAGCUGCGGACGAUGACUCGAUCUACGGAGAAGAAAUCAAGCUCCUAGAAUGGCUAGAGGGGAAGCUGGAGGAUGACAAAGAAUUUGUGGCCAAGCUGGAGGCGCUCCAAAAAUUAGGUGAGCUGGACAGAGCUAGCCACUUGAAAAAGUUUCAAGAGAAGCAAGUAAAAUUAGAGAAAACUUCAAAGAAGCAAAAGCGAGCAAUAAAGGUGACCAGUACCAAGAAACGUAAGAUACAAACGACACUUUAG